UAUUACUGAACCGUAGUCACUUAUUGGAAUAUUGGGUCAUCUCGACCCUUGACGACUAGGUAAGUCACCCUUAAGUACAAAGGCUUUGUCCAUUGUGGUGGGUUGGAAGGAAGUCAAAAUCAAUAAAUGUAGUCAGUUUUUUUUGGCAGCAGUACGUAGUACUUAAACCAUGUAUAAUAUCUCAGAGUGCUUUUAUAGUCCUUUACUUUUGUCCGCUGCCUCUCUCUUUAAUAAAGAAGCAAAAUCCACUACUAACCGAGAGGAUAAAAACUGACAAAACAGAAUACAGAUUACAGAAGAACCCAACUUGAGCUAAAUUUGCAAAAACAGUAGCCCAAAAAAACAAAAAAUGUACCAUAAUGGCAGUCUCAGGCUGGGCCAAUCCCAUAUAUUACUUCUUACUUUGAGUACUUUCUUUCUUCUGCUCUGUUCUUCAAGAUCUGAUGCUGCCUCAUCAUCAUCAUCAUCUGCUGCUUACAAAAACUACACAGUGGGUGACUCAUUAGGCUGGUUUGACACUCUUGAGAAUCCUGAAGUUGAUUACCAGAAAUGGGCUGCUUCCAAAACCUUUAGCCUUGGUGAUUUCCUCAUUUUUAACACGGACAGCAAUCACUCCGUGAUCCAAACCAACAACUUCACAGCAUACCAGAGUUGUGAUUACGACAAUGCCCCUGACAACAACGAGACCAUCCAGUGGUCAUCAGCUGAUCCAUCAUCGACGUCUCCGCAGCCCGUCUCGGUUCCGGUGCCGCUUCUCAAGGUGGGCCCCACCUAUUUUUUCUCCGGUGACUACGACGGCGAGCAAUGCCAGAACGGUCAACACUUCGCAAUCAACGUCACGUAUGGCAACGGGUUGCCGCCUAGCCUGAAAGGAGACGCCAUGGCGCCGGCGAAUCCCGACGCCAAUAACGAGGAUUCGGCUCCGGAUACGCUGGUUCCUUCGUAUUUUGAUACUCCGCAAAAUGUGAGUGAUGAUGGUGGUAGUAAUAAUGAUGCAUCAAAGUCCAGUAUUACUAGAAUCCCUGGUUCCUUCUCUGGUGUGAAAAUUUUUGGGGUCUUGAUGGUAAUGGGAGUUUAUGGCACCAUUUGAUUGGAUCCUUGUGUUUUCUUGUUCUCAGAUUUGAAUAUUUGUGUUACAAAGAGUUAGUAGGGUGUGAAACGAAAUGGUACUGCAUUAGUCUUUUUCUUAUACGAGUAGGAAACUAUCAUCUUGAACAUCCAAUUGCUCAGAGUUAUAUACUUCAUCUUCAUUUGUUUUUUUCCCCCAUAGAAUUGGCCAAAUUAGUUUGAGUUGGUCCAUGAAUCUCGUCUCACACUCAAUAGUGUGAAUAAAGUAGAUGUUAUAAAUAGCGACGUAUUAUCG